AUGGGGCGUCUCUGCUCCCCUCUGGCCAUAGCACUGCUGGCGAUGACCCUAUUGCAGGGGUGUGGCCAGCCCAGGAUAUCAGGCCGAAUUGUUGGGGGCAGGGACGCCCCAAAGGGCCGGUGGCCAUGGCAGGUCAGCAUCCAGCACAAUGGACACCACUUCUGUGGUGGGUCCCUCAUCUCAGCCCAGUGGGUUGUAUCAGCAGCUCAUUGCUUCCAAUUAUCUGACCUUGUCUCUUCCUAUCACGUGAACCUGGGGGAGUACCAGCUCUCCUAUCCCUCCCGGUGCCGGAUCUCAUCCCCUGUGAGCCAGAUCUUUGUCCAUCCCAACUACAACAGCACGUGGAAGUCUGCCGACAUUGCCCUACUGCAGCUCAAAGAGCCAGUGCAAUACACCAAUGAAAUCCUCCCUAUUUGCUUGCCAGGCCCCUCCGACUCCUUCCCUGACAACCACAUGUGCUGGGUCACCGGUUGGGGGAGAAUAGACUCUGAGGUCUCUCUCCCGCCCCCCAGCACACUUCAGGAGGUUCAGGUUCAGCUGGUCGGCACUGCAGCCUGCAACGCGCUCUACAACAUCGACCCAGAUCCAAGGAGCGGCAGGGACCCCGUCAAACCCGACAUGAUCUGCGCUGGCUACGCCGAAGGGCAGAGGGACUCCUGCCAGGGUGAUUCUGGGGGGCCGCUGGCAUGUGACCACAAUGGGACCUGGCUCCUGAUGGGGAUCGUGAGUUGGGGGGAUGGCUGUGGCAAGCCCACUCGUCCAGGGGUCUAUGUCCAGACGGUGGCCUAUGGCGAAUGGAUAUGGGGGCACGCUGGCUCAGGGAGCCAAGCCAGCACCAUGGGGAACUGCACCUCAGGAAUGAAUGAUGCCAGAUUCUGCUUCAGCAGCUUCAUGCUUCUCUUCACCACUCUCCUGAUGUCACUGUGA